GGGGGAAAGGGGGGACCGAGCGUGCAGCGCAGGGCUCCUUCGCAUGUUGCGCUGUUAUUUUGGGUCCUCGCUCUUGUCAUGGGACUAGAGCAGAAAUCGGGGCUGCACUGCCACCUCUGGUUUGCAGCCUCAUAAACCUCGUCUCACUCCGGCUCCAGUCGCUGUUGCUCCCCGCACGCGCCGGCCGCCGCUGCCCCUCUCUGUCUUCUUGGGAGAAGAGCGCCUCCUGCUACCCGGGGCACCCCGCAAUCGCCCAGUUGAGCCAUGGCAUCGGGCAGGAGGGGCUGGGACAACAGCCGCGAGGACGAUCUGCCGGUCUACCUGGCCAGGCCAGGUACCACGGACCAGAUCCCCCGGCAGAAGUACGGGGGCAUGUUCUGCAACGUGGAGGGCGCCUUCGAGAGCAAGACGCUGGAUUUCGAUGCCCUGAGCGUAGGGCAGCGAGGGGCCAAGACUCCGAGGAGCAGCCAAGGCAGCGGCGGCGGAGUGGGGAGCCGGCCGGUGGCGGCUGAACCAGACACCCCCCGGAGGAGCCAAGCCCGGGAAGACUGCCGAGAUCCGCCCGCUCCAGCCCUCAGCGGGGUAGAGAUCCGUAGCGCUUCGGGCAAGGAGGUGUUGCAGAACCUCGAUCCCAAAGAUAAGAGUGACCGUCUUCUUAUCAAAGGGGGCAGAAUAGUCAACGAUGACCAGUCCUUUUAUGCAGACAUCUACAUGGAAGAUGGCUUAAUAAAGCAAAUUGGAGACAAUCUGAUUGUACCUGGAGGAGUGAAGACCAUUGAAGCUCAUGGGAAGAUGGUAAUCCCCGGAGGCAUAGAUGUUCACACUCACUUCCAGAUGCCAUACAAGGGAAUGACCACAGUAGAUGACUUCUUCCAAGGGACUAAAGCCGCUUUAGCUGGUGGGACCACCAUGAUCAUUGACCACGUGGUCCCUGACCCAGAAUCCAGCCUGACUGAGGCCUUUGAAAAGUGGCGAGAGUGGGCAGAUGGGAAGACCUGCUGUGACUACUCCUUACAUGUGGAUAUCACUCAUUGGAAUGACAGCGUCAAGCAAGAAGUCCAGAGCCUCAUCAAGGACAAAGGCGUCAACUCCUUCAUGGUUUACAUGGCCUACAAGGAUUUGUAUCAGGUCUCCAACACAGAGCUCUACGAGAUCUUUAGCUUCCUCGCAGAACUGGGUGCCAUUGCUCAGGUUCACGCAGAGAAUGGAGAUAUCAUCGCGCAGGAACAAAGUCGGAUGUUGGAAAUCGGAAUAACUGGCCCUGAAGGCCACGUGCUGAGUAGACCAGAAGAGCUGGAAGCUGAGGCUGUUUUUCGGGCCAUCACCAUUGCCAGUCAAACCAACUGCCCUCUCUACAUCACCAAGGUCAUGAGCAAGAGCGCCGCGGACCUCAUCUCUCAAGCCCGGAAGAAAGGAAAUGUGGUGUUUGGUGAACCCAUCACAGCCAGCCUUGGCACAGACGGAACACACUAUUGGAGCAAGAACUGGGCCAAAGCUGCUGCUUUUGUGACAUCUCCUCCACUGAGCCCCGACCCCACCACUCCAGACUACAUCAACUCCUUGUUGGCAAGUGGGGACCUGCAGGUUUCUGGGAGCGCCCACUGCACAUUCAGCACUGCUCAGAAGGCGAUUGGGAAGGACAAUUUCACUGCCAUACCCGAGGGCACAAAUGGCGUGGAAGAGCGCAUGUCUGUCAUCUGGGACAAGGCCGUGGCCACCGGGAAAAUGGAUGAAAACCAAUUUGUAGCUGUGACAAGUACCAAUGCCUCCAAGAUCUUCAACUUGUACCCACGGAAGGGGAGAAUAUCCGUGGGUUCUGACAGUGACCUUGUCAUUUGGGAUCCUGAUGCUGUGAAGAUUGUUUCAGCCAAGAACCAUCAGUCGGCCGCAGAAUACAACAUCUUUGAAGGUAUGGAGCUCCGAGGAGCACCUCUAGUGGUCAUUUGCCAGGGCAAGAUCAUGCUGGAGGAUGGCAAUCUUCAUGUCACCCAGGGGGCUGGGCGUUUCAUCCCCUGUAGCCCCUUCUCUGACUUUGUCUACAAGCGCAUUAAAGCUCGGAGGAAGAUGGCUGAAAUGCAUGCUGUGCCGAGGGGCAUGUACGAUGGGCCGGUGUUUGACUUGACCACCACUCCCAAAGGAGGCACCCCCGCAGGCUCCACCAGGGGGUCACCCACUCGCCAGACCCCUCCAGUGAGAAAUCUUCAUCAGUCAGGAUUUAGCCUGUCAGGUACACAGGUGGAUGAAGGUGUCCGCUCUGCCAGCAAGCGUAUCGUGGCGCCUCCCGGAGGUCGUUCUAAUAUAACAUCCCUGAGUUAAGUAGUCCCAAAGAGGAUGGGGAAUGAGAAAAGAUUUUUCAAAGCCAAAAUGGUACAUUGGUAUUUAAGAAAGAAAGAAAGUGAAUCCAAACAGUUCCAAUCUGAAGAAUCAAUAAGCCUUCAAGCCUUAUUUUUUUUUCUCCCAAUGCUACUCGCUUGCCUAGCUUUAAGAACAUCGCUUCAUUUUCUGUUUUCUUUUUUUUUUAAUUUGACAUAGCCUUGAGAGCUUUCUUCCUCUUCCACAUGCAUGCAAUAAGAUGAGUCACUAAGUUAAGAGUCUGUAACCUACAUAUUUGUUGCGCGCUUGUGUACUGCUGAGUUAUAAGACGGGGGGGGGGAAUAGACAAAGCUGGGAGGACAGGGAACCAAAAAGAUAGAACGAAAGGGAAACAGGCUGAUUGGGGUGGAAGGGUGGUGGGAGCCCUGGCAGAGGGGCAGUGGGUGGGCUGAGUGCGGGAGGUGGGUGGGCCAGGGGGAAGAAAAGGGGAUGUUGUGUAUUGUGUCGAGUACUUCUGUUUCCGAUGAAGCAAGGCCACCGUCAUCGUCACCUCAUCACAUCAUGGUACCUCGGGGCCUGCAGAAAAGGCAAGCAGUUUCUGUCACGUAGCCUUUGUCAUGUUGCCUCUUAAUCUGACUUGUGUUACUUUGUACAUUUUAUUAAAAAACGAAAGGCAAUCACUUCUUUCCACCUACUUGGUCGCCCCAGUUCUUUGGUCUCUUGCACAGUUAUUUUCAAGGCCUCUUCACCACCCUGGCUCCUUCCUCUCUGGACUGAGGAGAGGGAGGGAGGUGCUUCCAUGUUAUCCCUUCCUGCCGCUGUCUUCAGCUCUUGUUUUUGGACAGGUGACUGAUAAGAGGUUACCCAGGGAGGUGGGGCAUAGAUACUCAAGAUGGUAGUGGCAUCUUACAAAGAGUAACUCUUUAAUUCUGUCAAUUGGACGAUGGAUCACUCUUGCAUCUUGAUAAGGGGAGAUAAUCCCAAAGACAUUUUAAUGUAUGAGUAAGUUGUCAGUUUGGAUGUAGCUAAAAAAAGUUCCAUCAAUCCUCAGUGCCAGGGUGGGGGUGGGGAUGAGGGGAAAGAGGAGGGAGGAGAAGCCAAGCCAAGCAGGUCGGGGCGGUUCAUUCUCUUAGUUUCUUGGUGCUCAUACAACUUCAGAUUGGAUGGAAGGAUUUUUUUUUGGCAGGCGUUUUCCUAAGCAUCUCUUGAAAUUUUAAUUAACGGUAAGGAACCUCAUCUCCCGUGGAUCUGGGGAUGGGUGUGGGAGAAGGGAGGAAGUCAGAAAAGACUUUCUCUGAAGUUUUCUUUUUCAUUUGUAACUGAUCCAUUUUAUCCUUCAUUAAGAAGUAAUCUUAUUGUGUUUAUGAGGUCUUAUAAAGGUCAGGAAAGGGUGGGCCUUAUUUUCCACCUUAGCAUGAUGUGGGGGUUGGACUAGAUAAUCUUUUAAGAUCCUUUUGAGUGCUUAAGCCUGAGAUUAUAGGGAAGGAUUUUUCUAAUUAGGUAGAGUUAGAGAAGUGGGGUCUUACAUAUACCUUCUUUUGUCUUCUGAGUUCAAGCAUUGAUUAGCCACUACUGGUCAUUUUCUACCAAUGUUCAUUGCAAGCACAGGCUCGCUCUUGAGUACCUGUGAGCAGGAACAGAGAGCAAGGGUAUAGUUUUCCCAAAGUGGGAGAUUGAGGCAUGUACACUAUUAACGUGCUUUUCAUUUUCAUGUUUCUGACCCAAGGAGGGCAAUUAGUCCAGUAGACAAACCCAGAUGAACAGAGAAGAGGACUUUCAUUGCUUUUUAGGGUCUCCUCAACACUCCACCUUGUUCCUUUGUGGACUGAGGAGAGUUGUGUGUUUCCAUUUUCCCUUCCUGUCUAAUGCCCCCAGCCCUUUUUGUUUGAAGAAAUAUCAGAACCAUCCAACCAAAGUAUCCCUGCUGCUGGUCUGUAUUGCGAAUCAGUCCAGAGAUGAAAAAGAGAACAGAACAGACUGAAAAUGACUAGGGAGGAUUUUGAUGAAUUGAAAUUUCUUUUAAAAUCACUUAGCGUGAUGUGCUCAUCUCUUAAAUUGUACAAGGGCUUUGAGAAAGUCAUAUUCUGGAAUGAAGACCAAGAACUCUAGUGUUGAGAGAACCCAGUUCCCUAAGAGAGGAAUGAAAUGAAAUCUCUGUACCAACCCAGGGCCGGCACCUUGUCAGUGGGGUCAUUUGUAUCUCUGAGGGCCAACCAUUUAGUGACAACUGUCUUGGGUGGUUAUUUGCCACAUUAUCUUUCCUUCUUUUCCUCUGUUUUGAAUCUGUUCUAGAUGGUAUAUGGGCAAAGAGGAAAUAGCUUUUUAGAUUUGUUUCAUCCCUGGUUGAGGGAAGGGAUAAAAUCAUGCUCAUGUCAGUAGGGGUCACUGGUCCUGGAUGUAGACCUUUGGCCCUUUGCACUUACUUGGAGAUGGCCUGGAGCUCAGAGGGAGUGUCCUGAGAAUGCCUUGCUGGUUAGACUUCGUUGUAAUCCCAAGUCAUGACCACAAGAUGGUGCUAACAUUACAGAUUUAUUUUAUUUUAUUUUUUUUUCAGGGCAGCCCAGGGUUACACAGCUUGUAAGUGUCAAGUGUCUGAGGUUGGAUAGAGUAACUCAGGUCCUCCCUGAAUCCGGGCGGUGCUUUAUCUACUGUGCCACCUAACUGCCCCCUAUUACAGAAAUUAAAAUCUCCAGCCUCUUUCUACUGGAGGGGGUUAACCCAUUUAUGGCCCAAGCAAGCUCUGUGUAUUUUUCUUUUCUCAUGGUUGCCCAUCCCCCUCAGCUGUGCCUGCCUGUGAUAUUGAGAGAUUCUGACAUGACAGAAUUGGCCAGUACCUUUAUAUUUGCAUAUGCAGAUUAAGCCUAAAAGUUCUAGAGAUUAUCUUGGGGGCAUGGGAUGCCUGACCAAAAGGAAGAUUUCCUCUUUGUUCACUUGGAUAGCAACUUGUCAAACCAGCAAUCUAGGUGAAAAAUAAAUACUCCCCAACACCAUGAUGCAUUUGGCUUCC